UCCUUAAACAAUGAUUAUAUAUAUGUCAUAGGGGUCAUUAAUGUGCAUUUCCACGUUGGCUAUCUAGUAGAUAUAACUCCCACCAACAACCCUGGACCAUGAUAAAUGACGGUAUCUGAACCACGUACACACUCAUGCACUCCACCGGCCCCACCGACCCUUCCUGUCUCUUCAGACACCAUGAUGGCACGCAGACUCGGACAUUCUAUUGACAUUCUAUUAAAUUAUAUCGGUCAUUGGGAGCUGGGAGCUGGUGCUGUCUUAUAAGUCGCUAGCACACACACAGCUUACAACUUAGUACCUUGAUAGGGCAAGAAUGCCUGAAGAUGGAAGAUAGGCACAAGAGUCUAUAUACGAUGCAUGUUCGUGUUUACUGUUU